AAGCAUUAUUCAUUAUUAUUGUUGGUAAUUAAUAUCUAAGAACAUAGUAGUAAGGCUCAAGAGAUAAGGUAAGAAGCAUAACAAGUUUGGGCAAGGGUGGAGUUAUGUCCACUUUUGUCCCUUACCUCCCCACCCACUUGGCGUAGCAAGGGUCCACUUUAUUGUACCUACCAAACAACACAAACAAAGAACUCUCUCUUGUUUCUAGUCAUGAUCUUGACUCAAGUCUUCUCGCAACCCUUAAUCCCUUAUCUUCAACCGCACUAACCUCUCUGUCAACUCAAACUAUUAAUACCUACCCCAAUUAUUUAAGCCCUCAAUUCCACUCCAAAACCCAAACACACCAUACACCAAACCAAAACCCUCUCUCUCACUUUCUUUUCAGUUUUCACCUUCUCCUUUCCAACCACACUUUCUUCGUUUCUUACUCGCUUCCGUCUUCAUUAUAACAAAUAACAAUAUAUAUUUCUCAGACAGAUGACGCGCGCGUUCAGAAUUCUAAACUCCGCGGACAACGCCACCGCGGUAGCCGCGGCGGCGCCUCCGCCGGAGGCGGUAGCGCUGGAGUCCGACUUCGUGGUGAUUCUCGCGGCGCUCCUCUGCGCGCUCAUCUGCGUGGUGGGGCUGGUGGCGGUGGCGCGGUGCGCGUGGCUCCGGCGAGGCUCGGGUGCCGGAAACUCUCCUCGGCAAGCCUUGGCGAACAAGGGCCUGAAGAAGAAGGUGCUGCAGUCGCUUCCGAAGUUCGCGUACGUGGACAGCAACCCGAGCAAGUGGUUAGCGACGUCGGAAUGCGCGAUCUGCCUCGCCGAGUUCGCCGCCGGCGACGAGAUCCGCGUGCUGCCGCAGUGCGGCCACGGCUUCCACGUGCCCUGCAUCGACACGUGGCUUGGGUCCCACUCCUCUUGCCCUUCUUGUCGACAGGUUUUGGCGGUGGCCAGGUGUCAGAAGUGUGGGCGAUUUCCGGCCACCGGUGCCGGAGCUUCCAGAACGCCGGCGACCGAACCCGAAUUGAAGUCCAGAGAAGACAACAAUGCCGCGAGUUACAGCAAUAAUAAUAUUAAUAACAACAGCGACAGGGGUGGCAGUAACAGUAAUAGUAAUUGUAACAUGGAACAUCAUCAUCACAGCCACCAUGUGAAUAGUGGGUUCUUGCCCUGAAAAUAGUAGUUAUUGUAUUUAUUUAUUAUAGCUUUUUUCUUUUCUUUUUUUUAACUUUGUACCUUUUUAUCUCUUCAAGUUGAUCAAGGAGAUCGGAAAUUGGGCAAUUUUUUUCUCUCUUU